CAGCACGGAGCACUUACUGUGUAGUACCGGCUGUGCACAUGUGUAAAUAAAAAGCUGAUGAACUUAUACAAUUUGUAAAAUUAUAAUAGACGAUUUGUAAGUGGCCGUAACCUCAUGUUAUAUUUAGUUUAAGAUUAUAAACAAACGAGUUUUCAAAAACUGAUUUUGACGGAAAAUGGCGUCUUCAGCGGUGCAAAGUGACAGCGACGACGGAAUGGACGAAUUUAUGGACAAAUUCAAGACCCAGAGAUAUAAAAAUGCCUUCAGUGAAGACGGUUGGGAAGAGGAGUUUAAUAAAAUACCUAUGUUCAUGAAAACAGCCCCUGAAGAGAUUGAUCCUAAAAAAUACCCGGAACUAGCUUGUCUCCAGGCCAUUAUCCAUGACGAGGACAGACCUCCCGGGGAGCAAGCAAAGAGCCUGAAAGAUGAGGGAAAUGCCUUCUUUAAGGAGAAGAACUAUGAAAAGGCCAUACUGUCCUACACAGCAGGCCUGAAGAAGAAAUGUGGGGACCAGGACCUUGAUACUGUUCUUCUCACCAACCGGGCAGCAGCACACUUUCAUCUUGGUAACAUGCGCUCUGCACUGAAUGAUGCUGCAUCUGCAAAGAAGAUCAAACCAGACCAUCUCAAAGCCUUGAUCAGAGGAGCUCAGUGUUGUAUAGCACUGCGUAACUUUUCAGAGUCCAUCCAGUGGUGUGAUGAGGGGCUUAAGGUUCAUCCCACUGACAAGAAGCUGCAGGAGCUAAGAGCAUCUGCAGAUAAACACAAGAGGGCAGCAGAGAGAGAUGCCAGGAAGGCCAAGGUUAAAGAAAAAAAGUUGCAUGGUGAGAAAGAAGCUCUUCUUGCUGCUAUAAAGGAUCGAGGCAUCAAGCUCCUCCAGUCUGUGAAGCCUCGUCGGUAUGGUUCAGACAGUGAGGAGGAUGAGGAUGACGGCUCCUCUGCAGCGAUUUCACAGCUGAGCCUGGAUGGUCUGAGUUCUCAGGAGGUCACGGGGGCUCAGGUCUUCCUGGACGAGCAGGGCUCUCUGCACUGGCCUGUUCUCUUCCUCUAUCCUGAACACCAGCAGAGUGACUUCAUCUCAGCUUUUUGUGAAAGCAGCUGUUUUGUUGAUCACCUUGCGGUCAUGUUUGGAGAAGAACUCCCACCUUGGGACACGGACAGAAAAUACCACCCACAAAAUCUGCAGCUGUUCUUUGAAGAUGAAGAGAAGGAAACACUCUACCAAAUCAACCCAGAAACGUCACUUUUAAAAGUGUUGCAGCAUAAAAGGUUUUUUGUGAAGGCGGGCACUCCCAGCAUCAUUGUCUUGGUAAACGGCUCGUCAUUCAGGAGGCAGUUUUUAACAGGAAAGAAAAUACAAGGAUUGUAAAAAAAUUGGCCUUCAAAUCUCUACGUUUUCAAACCCCAAAAGACUGACUUUGUUUUUUAAUAACACACCAUGCCAAAUAUGUUUCUCUUAUGCCCAAGAGCUCGACAACCUGCAUGACACCAAGUAGUGUAAACAAAUAAAUGAGAUCUGUAAAAGUUA